AGGGAGGCGCCGCGCGGUACUCCAGCAGCAGAGGCAGCCCCGGCGGUGGAGAGGAGAGACGCGCGGCGCGGACCGGACAGAGGGACGCACGCAGCCGGCCCCCUCCUCGUCUCCUCCCCAAGGGCACUCCGCCGCCACCGCAUCGCCCCGCACCGCCGGCUUGCGCCAUACCGAGCCGACGACAUGAUGUACCAGGGAUUCGCCGGAGAAUACGAGACGCCCUCCUCCCGCUGCAGCAGCGCUUCCCCGGCCGGGGACAGCCUCACCUACUACCCCUCCCCGGCGGACUCCUUCUCCAGCAUGGGCUCCCCCGUCAACCCGCAGGACUUCUGCACCGACCUGGCCGUCUCCAGCGCCAACUUCGUGCCCACGGUGACAGCCAUCUCCACCAGCCCCGAUCUGCAGUGGCUGGUGCAGCCCACCCUCAUCUCCUCGGUGGCCCCCUCCCAGAGCCGCGGGCACCCCUACGGUGUGUCGGCGCCCGCCCCCGCCGCCUACUCCCGCCCCGCAGUGCUGAAGGCGCCGGGCGGCCGCGGACAGAGCAUCGGCCGCAGGGGCAAAGUCGAGCAGCUGUCCCCAGAGGAGGAGGAGAAGAGAAGGAUCCGCCGGGAAAGGAACAAGAUGGCAGCGGCCAAGUGCCGCAACCGGCGGCGGGAGCUCACUGACACGCUGCAGGCGGAGACCGACCAGCUGGAGGAAGAAAAGUCCGCGCUGCAGGCGGAGAUAGCUAACCUGCUGAAGGAGAAGGAGAAGCUGGAGUUCAUCCUGGCAGCCCACCGGCCCGCCUGCAAGAUGCCCGAGGAGCUGCGCUUCUCCGAGGAGCUGGCGGCUGCCACCGCGCUGGACCUGGGCACCCCCAGCCCCCCCGUGGCCGAGGAGGCUGCCUUCGCCCUGCCGCUGAUGGCUGAGGCGCCGCCGGCCGUGCCGCCCAAGGAGACCGGCGGCGGCGGGCUGGAGCUCAAGGCUGAGCCCUUCGACGAGCUGCUUUUCUCCACGGGGCCGCGGGAGGCUUCCCGAUCCGUGCCCGACAUGGACCUGCCUGGGGCCUCCUCCUUCUACGCGUCGGACUGGGAGUCGCUGGGCGCCGGGACCAGCGGUGAGCUGGAGCCCCUAUGCACCCCUGUGGUGACCUGCACCCCCUGCCCCAGCACCUACACCUCCACCUUUGUCUUCACCUACCCGGAGGCGGACGCCUUCCCCAGCUGUGCUGCCGCGCACCGGAAGGGCAGCAGCAGCAACGAGCCCUCGUCUGACUCCCUCAGCUCCCCCACCCUCCUGGCCUUGUGAGGGGCUCCAGCAUUGACUGACCUGCCGGGCCCCCUCCCCUGCCCCUCCACCCCCCCACGGACU